AUGAACAGACAAACACUUCAACGAUCUCAUUCAGCAAAAUGUCGAGCCCCUCCUUCAACAUCUUCAAUUACUAAUAAUUGUUUAAACACAAAAAUUUCAUCAUCACUACCUGAAGCAUUUAUUUCAUCAUUACGCCAAUUAUUUUCUAUACUUGAUAAAAAAAAUUGUGGUUAUGUACCUUUUAAUGUAUUUAAACGUUAUUUUGAUUGUUCAUCAUCAACAUCCGAUUUCUUAAAUCAACUCGAAAUGGAAUCAAACUCUAAUAAUCGUUUAAUAACAUUUAAUUCACUUAUAAAUGUUAUCGAACGAUCAUUAAUACCAACAAAACAUCUUUCAUCGAUUCCGAUUCCAAAAACCUCACGUUCAUUAAAUCGUUCAACAAGUAUUUCAGUUGUUGCUCCUAUGGAAAAGAAAGUUGAACGAGUAAUUCCAAUUAGUUAUCGAGGUUCUAAUAUAAGAUCUUUAAAACAAUAUGAAAUCGAACGUGAUCUUCUUGUUGAAACUUGUGAUACACUUGAUCGUGUUAAACUUUAUUUAACUGAUUGUCUUUUUGAAAUGAAAGAUAAACAAAAAUCAUAUUGUCGUUAUUUAACAACAGCAGAAACAAUAGGCGUUGAACCAGAAUCACUGUAUAAUCGAGAUUUAGUUGCUGAUUUAUUUAAAUUAGCAAAUAUAGUUAUUGAAGAAGUCAAUUAUAAUUUGAAAAAAUCAUCAGAUCGUUCAUCAAAUUCAAUUCCAUCAUCAUCAUCAUCAUUUAAUGGAAUAAAUACUCAAUAUGAAAAACAAUUAAAAGCAAAAGAUGAUUAUAUUAAACAAUUAGAAAGUGAAAAACGUAUUUUACUUAAUGAACUAAUUGAAAUGAAAUAUCAACAAGGAACAAUUAUACCAAUAGAAAUUUCCUAA